UAUUUUUGGUAAUAACAAGACUAAUUAAAUUAAUAUUAUUUUACUUGUUUUCUUAUCUACUAAAUAAGUAUUAAUGAAUAAGUGAGAGGGGAAAUGAAAAUAUUUGCAAUUACCAACAACCAAACCCUAGUUUUGUUUACGUCCGAUCUCCUUCUUCUCCUCCUUUUUUUUUCCUCCCAAACGUUCCCUUUUUUUUUUUUUUGUCUUUCUUUUGCUUUUAAUCACGAACCAAAAAGCAUCCUAAUCUCGAUGAAUUAGCUCCAUAUAUCACAAAACCCUAAUCACCAGUCAGCUAAAAAGGAUGAGCGGCAGCGGAAUAAACCCUAGCAGCAGCGGUGGAGGAGGAGGAGGAGGACCUUGCGGCGCGUGCAAGUUCUUGAGACGCAAGUGCGUCGCUGGCUGCAUCUUCGCGCCUUACUUUGACUCCGAGCAAGGGGCGGCGCACUUCGCGGCCGUUCACAAGGUGUUCGGAGCGAGCAACGUCUCCAAACUCCUCCUCCAUGUUCCCGAGCAUAAACGACCGGACGCCGUCGUUUCAAUCUGUUUCGAGGCUCAGGCUCGCCUCAGAGACCCUAUCUACGGCUGCGUCUCUCACAUCGUCUCUCUUCAGCAACAGGUGCUAAGUUUGCAAACUGAGCUUUCAUAUCUACAAGCACACUUAGCAACUCUAGAGCUGCCGCAACCUCAACCACCAGCGGUUCCGGUGUCCUCCUCCGGAUCUCCCCUGCAGGCUCUUUCGAUAACGGACCUCCCAACGAUAUCGCCGUCGGUGUACGACCUCUCCUCCAUCUUCGAGCCGGUCAUGUCCUCCACGUGGGCAAUGCAGCAACAACCACGACCGUCGGACCAUCUCUUCGGGCUCCCGUCAUCGUCCAGUAUCGGUGGAGGUGGUGACCUCCAAGCACUGGCGCGUGAGUUUAUUCACGGCGGACAAAUGCCAUCUCAGCCAUCUCCGGGAACCAGUGGUUCUGCCUCAACAAUGAUAAAACGAGAAUAAUGUUAUUUUUACAAAUGUUUGUUUAUUUGGACGUUAAUUAUGAGAUCUAUAGCUAAUUAGCCGCCACAUAUGUGUUCUCCUUGUAAUGUAUUCAUAUAUACUUUGGAUCGAAUUCGUAUUUAAAUUGUUGGCUAGAAUGUUAAUAUAAGAACUAUAUAUAUGAUCUACGAUUGAUCCGAGUAUGUUUUAUGUA